AUGGCUCAUAAAACCCCUGAAUUCGAUCAGCUUGUGCUGGAGAAGAUUAAAGAAUUCAACGUGCCAGGCCUUUCGCUUGCCGUUGUGCAGGGCGAUGAUAUCUACUCAAAGGCGUAUGGCUAUUCGAAACUACCCGACGUCGAGACAAAUACAGAUACCCUCUUCGACCUGGCAAGCACGUCCAAGAGUACCACUGCAGGAGCCGUCGCACUUCUCGUAGACGACGAGAAGUACCCAGACGUACAAUGGACAACACCUGUUUCGAAGAUCCUUCCAGAUGACUUCAUCCUUCCUGACCCAUUCCUUACAGAGCAGGUUACUAUUGAAGACAUACUAAGUCAUCGUAGUGGAAUUGCUACCCAUGACGAAUCGUACUUGAGUGCCCGCGCGAAACAUCCAGACAAUCCAAAGUCUUUGACCCGCAACCUGCGCAAUCUUGAAUUCGUCAAGCCCCUUCGCACCGAGCAUGUAUACUGUAAUAUCAUGUUCAGCGUCGCGGUGCAUCUUAUCGAGACUGUCAGUGACAUGUCCUAUACCGACUUUAUAAGGACGAAGCUCUGGAAACCCCUCGGCAUGACCAAUACAUUUCAUGACGUCCACGACAUCGAAGCCAACAGCGACAAAGAUCGCAGAACAACGUCAUACCACUGGCACAGCGGAUCUCAAUCCUAUGCUACACUACCUCAUUAUCCUCCAGCUCCGGAAGGGCAUGGCGCAGGCUGUAUCUUUAGCAGUGCAGGCGACUACGCGAAAUGGAUCCGCGCUCUCAUCAAACGCGAUCCAAUUCUUUCCAAAGCGAGCCACAAGGCACUUGCCACCCCUCGAAGUUUCGACCUUCUAGGUGACGAGAAAUGGUCUAUACCCUUCAAAAGUGAAGAGCUCUACACCUUAGGCUUAAGCCUUACCAGCUAUCGCGGACACAAAUUGAUCGGACAUUAUGGCUCAGUACCUGGAUUUAAGGCCAUGGUUUGCUUCAUGCCCAAGUUCGACUGGGGACUUGUAAUCUUCGGGAACUCGGAUAGCGCAGCCUAUGUCAAUGACAUUCUGAAGUUUACGCUACUAGACAAGGUUAUCGAUGUAAGGAAGGAAGAUCGCAUCGACUGGGGUACAUUCUUCAAGAAUUUCCAAUCUAUGGAUGAUGCGGAAGAGGCGGAGAAACCUGAGUGGACGAAGGUCGAUAGUGUAGAGCCGCUCGAUAUUGUUGUGGAGAAGAUAGCUGGUAGCUACCACAACGUUGGGUACAAAGGGUUGGUGCUUGAGGUGAAGGAUGGGAAGCCAGUAGCGGAUUGCAGCGAUCGAUGCUUUCCUUACAUGCUGAAAUUUGAGCAUCUAACGGGUAACAUGUUUGCUGUAGAGAUGCAUGGUAUCUGGGAAGGCAAACUAUACAGUACAAUCCGAGGCGAGAUCAGAACAGAGAACGGGCAGGUAAGAGCAGUGGGUGUCGAGCUAGAACCGGACGUCAAAGGCGGUCUCAUCUGGUUCGAUCGGGUGUAG